AUGCAAGAGAUUGGUACUUGCAUACAACAUCGUACGUGCACAUUUGAAAAUAGUUCUCGUAAACUUGGAAUAAGUCGAAUGUCGUCACAUGGUACAACGGAAUCGUAUUGAAUUCGAGAAAUUUAAAUUAAUAGAGUAAUAUAACCGUGUAGGAAUAAUAAUUGGUUGGAUUGCAGGCUCGGCGAUCGAGAAAUUGUGCGAAUGCGCGACAGAGGACAGCCUAGCUGACCGAGGCUCUGUCGUGAGAGCCGCGAGAUGCCUGCUUGGUUCUGUCACCAAGGUCCUUCUUCUGGCUGACAUCGUCGUGGUGAAGCAACUUCUUCUCGCAAAGAAGAAGGUAGCUCGUAGUCUUGGCCGUCUCGAAAGCGUUUCCAACUUUACCGAAUUUGUGAAAGCGUUCAGCCAGUUCGGAGCCGAGAUGGUGGAAUUGGCGCACCUGACGGGCGAUCGCCAGAAUGACUUGAAAGACGAGAGACGAAGAGCACAGAUGGCCGCGGCUCGCCAAGUUUUAGAGAGGAGCACUAUGAUGCUACUCACGUCUAGUAAAACUUGCUUAAGGCAUCCGGAAUGUCCAUCUGCCAGAGAAAACAGAGACACGGUUUUCUGCCAGAUGCGAAGGGCCAUGGAUCUGAUACACUACGUGGUCAAAGACGGAGUGUUGGAUUGCAGCGAAUCGCAGUCUUACUCCAAUUCUCAGAGUCCGCAGCAGGAGGAUUGGGACAGCAGCACGGCAUUCUCCGCGUUGAAACACUUCGAGAGACUGGUGGAAACUACAAGAAUGACACUUUUUGGACCAGGUUGCCGAGAGACCCUCACCGCCGCGUUGGACACCGUCAUUGAAAGAACGCAAGAUUUCACUGACAGCGCAUACACGAGCCACGAGCACAGAGAGAACAUUCUCUUGCUUUGCGAUCGAGCGCAACUCGAGCUCAACACGCUGCUGCGAAUUGGCAACAGUAUGAAUUACGAAGGUGGCGGUGGUUCCCCGAGUUCUGAAAUGGAACAAGCUGUGCUGGGUGUAUUACGUACCACCAGGGAUCUUCGCCAACAGCUGUGCACGACCACAAUGGAGCAAGCGGCUGAUCUUGGACAGGUAACUAAAGCGGGUCAGGAACUUGUGUCAACGAUCAGGAACGUCGCUCUGGCCAAUGACAGAUAUCUUCUUCAAGAGAGCAACGAGAAAUUUCGCGAAUACAUUGAACACAUUCUCGAGGUGUGCAAAAUGUUGAGACACGUUGCGCUCUCGGAAUCGUUGCAAGUUUCCGCCAAGUUCACCGAAAUUAAUCUGAGAAUAUACGGCCCCCAAGUGGUGACAGCGGCAUACACAUUAGCCAGACAUCCCACCAGUAAAAUCGCUAAGGAGAACCUAGAAGUGUUUGCCGACAUGUGGCAGUGGCUUAUGACCGACGUAACCACCGUGGCAAAAGAUGUGCUCGAAUUGAACCAAAACCGACCGGAGAAACAAGUUUACAUGUCCUUGCCACGACCUGGAAAACACGGCACAACGAGCAAGCCGCUGAAACCGGUAAAACUGGACAGCGAGGAGCAGGCCAAGAUCGCGAAAGCGGGCCUGGAGAUGAAGCUCAUCACCUCGGAGAUGGACGCGGAAACGGAGAAGUGGCAGGAGAGCGGGAGCGCCCUAGAGGAAAACAAUGACAUUGUGAAACGCGCUAAGAACAUGUCAUCGAUGGCGUUCUCCAUGUACCAAUUCACCAGGGGUGAAGGCGCAUUGAAAACCACCCAAGACCUGUUCACCCAAGCUGAGUAUUUCGCCGAGGAGGCCAAUAGAUUGUACAAGGUUGUGAGACAAUUCAGCUAUCAG